CAUGGCAUUCAAAGCAAUGGAACAAAUGAAGUAGCUUCAGUUGUUGCCAAGACUCCGCUACUGACAACUACAAACAGUGUUUCAUAGAUUUUAUUCAAUGUGGUAACAAAAUAAAAAUAUGUAUUAGAAUUACAUACUAAACUCAAAAUGUUUACAUAAAAAAUAAAACAAUUCUAACAAAAAACUAAAUUAACAGUUUUAUGUGGCGUUCCGCAAGGGGACAUAUUAGGACCAACGCAGUUUUGAUGAAUGAUAAAAGUGAAAAAUAAAGUAAUAAUUACUAACUUAAUAUAAGUAAUAAUAGUGUAAUGUAAAAUUAAUUAAUUUAAAAAUGUUGCAAUUAAAAUACACGAUGAAUUUAAUAGUGUUAAUAAUAUUGCUGAUACGGACAGUGAAAGUGUUUGGUAAAAAUGUAAAUGAGCAUGAAAGAGCUUUGAGAGCUGAAUUCGUACAGAAUUUAUUGAAUAAACAAAAUAAAUUUGAAGGAAGAAUAAAACUUGUUGGAGGAUCGAGCAAAUACGAAGGCAAUGUCUACAUUUACCACGCCGGUCGCUGGGGUGCAGUGUGUGAUGACAACUGGGAUGAUGAAGCUGCUGCCGUCGUCUGCAGGUCCUUCAACUUGAGUGGGAUAGCAACUAUCGGCAGUCAGUAUGGAGAAGCUAUCGAAAGAUUCUGGCUAGAUGACGUCAUAUGUCAAGGGGAUGAAACAUCACUAUCCAAAUGCGUCUUCAAUCGAUGGGGAAGUACAGACUGUGAGAAAGAUGAGGUAGCCGGAGUAAUAUGUAUGGAGGAAGAGGAGUUACCAGCCAGACAUAAGGACUCGGAUUCAAUGAGUCUGGCGUAUAAUGAAGAAAGACUAAGAGAUGUCAUAGACGUUUCAAAGUCUAAACUAAGAUUGACUGGUGGCAAGAAUAUAAGAGAAGGGAGGGUUGAGAUCUUCCUCAACGGCUCUUGGGGCAGCAUCUGCCCUGAUGGCUGGACGGUCUACGAAGCUUCCGCGGUCUGCCGCCAUCUUGGCAUGGGCUUCGCAGAACAAGCCUUGCAGACUUAUAUCUUCGGGUUUUCCAAUAUCAUUCUCAGUGGAGUCUCUUGUGAGGGCAAUGAAUCAAGCCUGUUUGACUGUAAACAUAAACAGCGAGGCAAUGUCAAAUGUCCUGGUGAUAUUGGCCACACAGCAGCGGUGGUAUGCACCCACUUCCUAGCAGACCUGGUGCUGGACACGGCAGUGAUAGAGAGAUCAGCUCACCUGCAGGACGUGAUGAUGUUCCAGUUGCAGUGUGCCAUGGAGGAAAACUGCUUGAGCAGGACUGCUUAUGAGGUCCAGAAAUUGAUACCAGACUGGCAGUAUGAAACUCGCCGUCUCCUCCGGUUCACGGCAUCCUCACUCAACGCUGGCAAUGCAGAGUUCAGGCCUUACUUACCUAAACAUCUGUGGCAGUGGCAUCUAUGUCAUAUGCACUAUCACAGCAUGGAAGUGUUCGCGACAUUCGAUGUCCUGGACUACAACGGCCUCAGAGUGGCUGAGGGUCACAAAGCCUCCUUCUGCUUGGAAGACAACACUUGUCUGAAUGGAGUGCAGAAACAAUACUCCUGCAAGAACUAUGGUGAUCAAGGUAUCUCAGUGAACUGUUCAGACGUGUACAUGUACAACAUCGACUGCCAGUGGGUGGACGUCACUGACGUCAAACCUGGAGACUAUCACUUUAAGGUGGCUGUGAAUCCUCAUGCAAGAGUAGCAGAACAGAACUAUCACAACAACGCAGCCUUAUGUAAUCUGAGGCUCACCACUACAUAUGCUCUGGUCUACGGAUGCAGACACGAAAGACCAUAAGACCAUGACCACCUCUCCACAGUCCUUCCUCAAAUCUCUAUAUCUGUACAUAAUUUCAUCCAAAUCGUUACAGUGCUUUAGGCAUAAAGAAGAGACAGAGUCGUGAGUUACUUUUGUAUUUAUAUAAUUUUCAACCCAGUGCUCGACUCCUAUUGGUCAUAGUGUGAUGUUUCA